UCGCGCUGCAUCCCUGCAUUUGUACAGCGUUUUGGGCGUUGGCCUGUCCUUCAUCCUUCUCUUCCUCGACAAUCAAUUGCAUUGUUUAUCGGCCUAGUUCUACCCCGCUCUUCCCCGCAAUUCACGAGUCAGCGUACCCUUCUCCACUUGUUCACUGCGAAAAGAUACACCCUCAAUCGUAUCCGAUACCAAGACCCCCGAGAAUGUCGCUCGGCCUCAACGACGCAAACGGAAUUUCAUGCGCUCAACGCGAGCGUCUGACUGCCUUACCCGAUGAGAUCCUGCUACAGAUCUUUGAGGAGCUGGGUCGUAUCUCCAGGCGGGAUCUCUGCAACGUAUCGCGGGUGAACAAAACGUGCCACCGCCUCAGCGAUGCCAUCUUGUACAAGAGCAUCCUCUUCGAAACUCCAGAGUUCCAUCUCACAUUCAGCGAAUCGCUAAGCCGCCGACCGCGCCGUGGGUCGGCUAUCUAUGAGGUCAAAUUGUCGUACCCGUCAUCCGAGCUGUCGCAAUUGUCUCUCGAUGCACCAGUCCAUGGCUCCCAUCUUGAUCCUAGCCGCUCCAACAGCCUCUCGCGAACUUUGUCCAUCAUGUCAAAUUUGGAGAAGCUGGAUAUCUCGGUGCCAGACGUCUUGUUGCACGGUAUUGGCACCCUGUUCAAUGGACCCUUUGAUCUCGCCUGUCUCAAGUCGUGCUCGCUGUUCUACCAGUGCGCCAAUGAUGCGUAUUGGGAUUUGCGAGAGAACAUUCACAUCUUCGCCCAUCCCACACUGGAGAGUUUGACUAUCAGAAGAGCGAAACUAGACGAUAAAGGGUUCGAUCAUAUCGAGCGUCCCCAUGAAACCGCUCUGAAGAAACUAUAUUUGAUCGAAUGCGACAUCAACGACGACUCUCUCAGUGACCUUCUCGAACUCCCGGAGGCGCUUGAGGAAUUUGUCAUGACGCAAGUCGAAGAACCAGAACCGGAGCUAGAAGAGAGUUCCGAUAACGUCGGUGACUAUAUUCUUGCUCUCCAGUCGCAAGCAGAAUUCCUGAAGAGCAUCACCAUCGAUUUUCCAACAUUAACAGGCCGCAAGGCGCUGCGGAUGCGACAAUUUGAGGCUCUCACAACACUGCGCCUGAGCUGGGACUAUCAGCUGUUCGGGAAGUCGUCUAAGAAGCCGCGUCUCCACUCGGUGGGCUUGCCACCUAUAAUGGAGGUUCUGGAAUUCUUCAAUGACUUGGGCACCGACGAUGAAGUAAAUGACCUGUUGUUGACCGUGAUUGAACAGAAGAACAUCAUUGCUAGAACUUGGCAGACCAUGGUGGUUGUCGAGGGUGACGACGGAGUUUCGAGGGAGAUCAAAGACGCAUGUAAGUCGGCUGGGCUACGACUGGAUAUCAUUGGUGCGAUGGAUACAGAUACAGAUACGGAUGAUGACUAGAGGAGAAUAUUGACAUAAAAAUUCCUACAAUCAGGAAGAACGGCCAUAGAGAUCCUAAAACCUAGAUAUAGAUUCGUGAAUAAGAUAAAAAAUAAAUCUUUGCUUGCAACCACGUGUCUCGUUACCAUUGGCAGCUGGCCAUAGUUAAUGAUGAUUUGAAGACACGCA